AUGGAUAUACAAGUAAACGACUUUUUUCCUACAAAUGAAAACCUGAUAUCUAAUUCUAUUCGUUAUAUGAAUUUCCAUGACGCACCUGAAUUUACAACUCCACUUUACAUUUCUCCUUCUAUUCUAAAUAUUAAUUUUCGGAAUUCUGCCACUAUUUGCCCGACAGUCUCAGUUCUCGAUUACUGUGAUCCAUUUACUCAAAAUUCAUACGAGAACGUGACGAACUAUCAUGCAAAUAUUUCAAACGGUAAUGAUGGUAAUGAUGAAUUAAACAAUAUUACGGAACCUUCUGGAAAAAAGCCUCCCAAAGCACCGCCAUGUAAGUGGAGCAUCAUUGAAACCGACUCACUCCUCUUUUUAUUGAUACCACGUAAAAAAGAGCUAAAAGAACUAGUAGAUAUGCGUGGUCAUUGUAGUUUUAAGAAAUUAAAACUUUGGAACGAAGUCUCAUCUAAGAUACCCAAUAAAUCUUCCCAACAAUGCGCCAUAAAAUGGAAAAACAUUAAGCAGAAUCAUAAGGAUCAUAAAAAAAAAUCGUAUUGGUAUAAUUCGGUAGUUGAAGAAAUUCUUGCCUAA